UUAUGUAUAAAUUGUUAAAAAACAAAAAUAAAAAAAAUGUACACUCUGAUGUUGAAUUGAAGGGAUGCGGAAUGAGAAAAAAAUUACAAUAUAAUGAAGAUAAAAAUACUCAAGGUUUAUUCUCUAAUUUAUCAUCUGACUGAUAGUUCUGAGGCUUUUCGUUUAAGUGUCAAACAGAAAUCGUCAUCAAAACACCGAUUGGAGUAUCCUAAUUUCCCACUCAAAAAAAUAGAAAAUCAUAAUUCUGAAAAUAAUGCUGUAUGUUCAGAAAAAACAAACACUCCCCGCCUAAGCAAUGAGUUAGGUAGUACUACACUUGAAGGAAGAUCAUCAUCAGCGUCAAAGGUGGAAUUGGAAAAUAUAUCAUAUUCUAAUGUUAUUGAUAAUGGUAAAUAUUUUGUAUUUAAAAUAGUAAAAUACAAUACAGUCGAUAUUUUAAGGACCAGCAGUUAA